AUGGCUUCCGCCGAUCUCCCUAAGGAUACCACCAAGGCGCCGGUCGCCAGCAACGAUAGUGAUAAGGAGGAUCUCUUCGGCAGUGACUCCGAGGAGGAGAACCCCGAGGAGGUCAAGGCCCGUGAGGAGCGUUUGGCUGCUUACAGAGAAAAGAAGGCUGCCAAGCCCAAGACUAUUGCCAAGACGGUUGUUAUCAUGGAUAUCAAGCCUUGGGACGACGAGACUGACAUGGUCGAACUCGAGAGCUCUGUGCGGGGUAUUGAGAAGGACGGUUUAGUUUGGGGUGCUUCUGAGCUGGUUGCUAUUGGUUUCGGUAUCAAGAAGCUCCAAAUCAACCUUGUCAUCGAGGACGAGAAGAUCUCUUUGACCGAUCUCCAGGAUGAGAUUCAAGAGUUUGAGGACUACGUUCAGUCGACCGAUAUUGCAACUAUGCAGAAGCUGUAA